UGAUGUGGCUGGUAUAAACACAGCAUUAAGUAGCUGCUCGCACACACGCUGAACUCAGCGACCUGAUGAUGCUUGUAGUUGUAGGGCUCCUGGUGCUGGUGGGCGUUACCCCGGGGAUCAGCGGGUUCUGUGUGGUGGACGGGGUGGUCCGUGACGACUUCGAAGAGUGGGAGUCAGGAUGUGAUGCCUGCUUUUGUCAGGAAGGGGAGAUAAUCUGUGACAACAUCUGCUACGACGUCGAACACAUGGACAACCCCUGUUAUAAUAAAACCUGGGACCUCUGCGAGGAGUAUGGCUGCUACAACAUAUGGGACGAACCUUAUCCAUUCGCGCUGGUCCAUGAUCUUCCUAUUGUGCCGCUAGGGGACAUCACAGUCCAAGCCCCGGGUCAUCAGUCCUGCACCUGUGAGAUGGGGUAUCCCUACGUUUGGUGUCUGGCGAGUCGACUGUGAAUUCAAUAAAGUUAAACAAUAUAUGACA